AUGAGGAUCCUUGACCCUCAAUCAGCCGUUCUCACCAAUGUCGAGGUGCUGGCAUACUUGAACGCCAAUCCACCCCACCGUGUUCCGCCACGGCCACAGCAUUUCCGAGGGCCAUGGGUCCCAAGCCCCGAUCUGAGAGAUCAUAAUACAGUUGUCAAAGAGAUUCACAACUAUGUCAGCCGCAUAUCCCCUCACCUUCUCAAAUACCCCCGUCAUGCAUCCCGCCCAUCCUCCUCCCAGUCCCACUCCCAAGCCGCCAUGACCGGCACCAUGAGACCCGGCGCCGGUGACGGUGAACCAGACCCCUCCAUACUCCCUGAAGUUCCAUCCAAUGAGCUCACACCCAUGGACUACGCCCUCCGCGAUAUCAUUACAAAACUCCAGCCCUACGGACUCACAAAGGCGGAGAUCGUCAUGAUCCUGAACCUGGGGUUAGGCCUCACCAACACUGCAGACGCGGAGGGGCAUGCUGAUGGAGAUGGAGAGAUGGAAGUUGAUGAGGGACAUACGAAUGGCGUGGAAGGGGAGGAAGGGGAGAGUGAAGAGGACUACAGUGCCAUGGCGCUAUUUGAUACUGUUGUUGAGGAGCGGGAGGAUCGUAUUGCUGAUGAGGACGUGCCGGUUAUUAUGUCUAUUAUCAAGGAGACGUUGGCGGAAAAUUAUGGAGAGGAUUUGUAA